AUGUCUGCAGCUAUUAUCCCUGGUGAGGGCCUCAACCAUACCUUAAUGUUGGGUAACUCUCUCUAUGUCACCGUCAAUAGACUCAAGGAGCUGAACCAGCCGCUCAAGAUCGCAUACGCCUCCCAGAGCUUUCUAGACACACCCAUAUUGGUUACACUUCCCAAGUUGGGUGUCCGGCUCAUGUUUGAGAGCUCCCGCAACCAAGAAUUGGUGCUUAUCGAGGUUCUAAAUUUUGACCAUAUGAAGUUGACCUACAACGGCGACUUGCUUAAUGACAUCGUUUACACUACUCCCAGCAAUGAGGAGCUCGUGGGAAGCUCCGAUAUCCUCGGUCUCACUGAUCGUAAGCAAGUGCUGCCGCCAAAACUCAAGGAGAUCUACAAUAAGAUAUUUGGUCCCACAUAUCCGGGUGUUCUCAACUUGGAAAAGAAAACGUAUGUACUUAGCUAUCCGGGAGUGUCAUUCAAGUUUCGACUUGAGCUGCGCGAAUUAUUGGCCAAAGUAGCCCAUUUGUCCGACAAGAACGACAUCUUGUCCAAACUCACCAAUUGGGACCGUGCCCAUGAUAUACCAUGUGAGUCCGUGGCCAUUUUCAAAGGCGAAGACUACUACGAUUUUCAUCGGAAGUUGCGUGCCAUUUCAAGAAAGUAUGUGGCGCCUCCGGCCAAGAAGGCCACGCAAUUGUCUAUCGAGAAAGUCUCAGUGAAUCUAGAGGAGGGUACAGCUGAAUUCAAAUUUUUAGCCGAGAAUGAGACACCUCAGGCAAAAAUCACCAUUGGUGAGACAACUCAGCAAGAUAUAUUGCGGCUUUUGGGUCCCCCGGAUGCAUACUUCAACAAAUUUGACUCUAGGUUGCUUAUUCAUAAACACCUCAAAACAGUGAGCAAUGAAACAGAAAACUCAGGUUCUGUGCAAAAGUUUCAUAACUACUUUCGCCAUGGCAUAGAUUUUCUUUAUAACUUGAACCCUCCGCUGCAAGGUGGAGGCAUUCUCGAGAAGAUUAUCUUCCAUAACGGAGGCAUUGCCGAGUCGCUCGACUUUAUGCAAUGGAACAAGUGCAAUUGGGAGAUCUCAGCUCACCGGCACAAUGAAGUUAUGACCGUUGAUUCGCUGAUGUAUUUUGAUGAGUUCAGUUCGGAUUUUUUGGAUGCUAUUAAGAACGACAAGGCUGGACCAGUUCUCUUGAACAGGAACGAAUCAGAGAUCACCAACGACGAAGACUUGGAGAUCAUCCAAGUAGGUGAGCUAGACAAGCAAGUACUUUUUACGCAGUCGUCGGAGCUGCUUGAUUCAAAGCCGUCUAAUGAAUUUAAGACGUGGGGCCAGCUGAAACUAUACGGAUACAACCGGUGUAUCUGGGAGGUUCUUGAAACCAAUAAUUGCGUGUCUACAGUAACUGUGUACAAGUAA